UACGACCCCGUGCCCCUCAUCCGGUCGCGGUUUUUGGACCUCAGCUGGGAGUUCCACGGCCGGAACCUCGGCGACGUCGUGCCUUUAGGCCUGGAGUCGUACGCGUCGACGAAGGUCUUCGGCGCCUUCUGGGUCCUGGACAACCGCGUCGUCGGCUGCUUCCUCGAGGGGGGCACGCCGUCCCAGCGCGCGGCGCUGCCGGAGAUCGCGCGCCUGCAGCCC